ACACUGAGUUCACCUGCAGCUAUGAGCGCACUUACAGCCUCUCAGCUGGUUGUACAGUAGCAAUAAAAGGCAACUUGGUGGCUGCUUUUUGCCAUUUGGUAAUACGAAGGCGUGUCCUGGAGGCAUGCAUAUAAUAGGGAGACGAGCUGCAGCAGGCUUCUGCUCUCCAGUCCUCAGCUCUUUGUGGUCUCUGUGCACCACCAGCAGCAGCCUUACCAGCAGCAGCCUCUCCACGAUGAUGACCGAGCUCUCUCAAGAACAAGUGGUGUUCAACAAGCCAAAGGUUGAGCUGCAUGUGCACCUCGAUGGAGCCAUCAGGGUGCAGACUAUUCUUGAUGUUGCCAAGAGACGCGGCAUCUCUCUGCCAGCAAAUACCGUGGAAGAGAUGACGCAGAUCAUUAUCCUCCAACAGCCUGCCACCCUCACCAAGUUCCUGGGCAAGUUCGCCGAGUACAUGCAUGUGGUUGCUGGGGACAGAGAGGCCAUAAAGAGGAUAGCCUAUGAAUUCGUCGAGGACAAAGCCAAGGAGGGAGUGAUUUAUGUCGAGGUCAGAUACAGUCCGCAUUUUCUGGCUAACACUAAAGUGGAUCCCAUACCAUGGGAACAGAAAGAAGGCGACCUGAGCCCGGACGAGGUGGUGCACCUGGUCAACGAGGGCCUCAGCGAGGGGGAGAGGGCCUUCAAUAUCAAAGCCAGGUCCAUUCUAUGCUGCAUGCGCCACAUGCCAAGCUGGUCAAUGGAUGUGGUGGAGCUGUGUAAGAAAUAUCACCACAAUGGCGUGGUCGCCAUCGAUCUGGCAGGUGAUGAGUCACUCAACAUUGAAGCCAAUCCAGAACACCGGAAGGCCUAUGAGGAAGCACAGCGUUUUGGGAUCCACAGGACAGUUCACGCAGGAGAGGUGGGCCCGCCGUGCGUGGUGAAGGAGGCUGUAGAAGUGCUGAAAGCUGAACGGGUUGGACACGGUUACAGAACCCUGGAAGACCCUGUCCUGUACAAAAACCUGCUGGCUCAGAACAUGCACUUUGAGGUGUGUCCUGUUUCCAGUAAGCUGACGGGUGCCUGUGACCCAGACUUCACCAAGCAUCCUGUCAUCACGUUCAGGAAGGACAAGGCGAACUACUCCCUGAAUACAGACGACCCGCUGAUAUUCAACUCAACCCUGCACCUCGACUACAGCACCGCGCACAAAUACAUGGGGUUCACCGAGGAGGAAUUCAAACGGCUGAACAUCGGUUCUGCAAAGUCGUGCUUCCUGCCUGAGAAGGAGAAGAAGGAGCUCGUCCACAGUCUGUAUGAGGCGUACGGGAUGAUAAUUAGCACUGCCUUUUAAACCUGACGAAGAAGAAGAAGGUCCAAGGAGGAAACGUGACCCAACCCAGGGACAAACCGCUCUGAACACUUAAUCUCACCCACCCGACACAAUGCAACGUCUUUUAUAUCAUUUGUAACCAGACAUAAAACCUACCUAACUAUAUACUGUAUGACAUAUGCUGUAUAUCACAUGGCUGCUGUUGCUGCCUUCACCUCACAUCAGCCUGUCAGUAUUCCGUCUUUAAUACUUAAGUUUAGAGCUCAGUGUUCAGAGGAUGUCAUGGUGCUCUCUGCAAGGUGCAAAAAAAUAUGGGCGUGAAAGUUGUGUUUAAGAUGCAGAUUUUGUUCCUAAAAACCUCUGGAUACAUUCUUCAUCUUGUGUUUACAUCCUGUUGUCAUGAAGAGAAUCAGGGAAGAUUUUGAUGCACAAUUAACUCAACAGUUUGAGCACUUUGUCAGCAUGUAAGGGAAGUGUAAGGGGGGUAUUUGUUCGUCUUUGAGUGAAAGUAUGCGGUGAGGGAUAACUGAAGAAUUUACUACCUGUGGGAUAAAUACGGUGUACGGUAAAUAUCCAUUGUUUGGGAGAAGUAAGGGAAUCCAGUGUCAUCUAAAACAGGUAAAACAGCUCAAUACCAAAAGUGUAGUCAUGCAUUUGAACACUAGGGGGCGUACUACAGUCACCUAGACAGACAAACCACAGUUGAAUGAAUGUGGUUUUGCUGCAUAUCGAAAUUACUCAAUUCUUUUGAUUUAUAUAUUUAUUUAAAAUAUUUUUUUUUUCAUUUCACCAACUAAAAAAGAGCACUUCCAUUUAUAACAGACACAUGUAUGACACUUAUGAAAAGCAUCUUAGACCAUAAUAAAAAGCUAUUAUGAAA